AUGGAGGACGUGAAGAAGAGGAAGCUUGAGCAAAUCGGAAACGGCCAGCCGCUGCCUAAUCUGACCGAUGCGGCGGCGUCGGCCGAGGAAUUGCGCGCCCUUCUCGACCCGCUCUCAAAGCCGCAGCUUGUUGACAUCCUUGCUAGAGCAGGGUCCCGAUACCCUUCUAUUGCUGAAGAAAUUAAAAGUGUUGCGAGUUCUGACCCUGCCCUUCGAAAGCUUUUUGUUCGUGGUUUAGCUUGGAAUACCACUUCAGAAACUUUGUGUGCUGCAUUUCAAGAGCACGGUGAAAUUGAGGAGGGUGCUGUAAUCUAUGACAAGGUCACGGGAAAGUCACGUGGUUAUGGUUUCAUUACAUACAAAGAUAUGGGGUCAGCUCAGCUAGCUCUCAGGGCACCUAGCAAGAUGAUUGAUGGCCGUAUGGCUGUCUGUAAUCUUGCAAGUGAAGGGUUAAGCAACACCAGUAUUGCACCAGAUCAAGCGCAAAGAAAGCUUUACAUUGGAGGUUUAUCACCUGAGACAACCAGCGAAAUGUUGCUUGCGUAUUUUGGACGACAUGGAGAGAUUGAGGAAGGUUCUGUUGCGUAUGACAAGGAAUCUAACAGAUCUCGUGGCUUUGGGUUUGUCACUUACAGCACUGUUGCGGCUGCAAAAAGAGCUAUUGAUGACCCUCUAAAGAUGCUUGGAGGAAGAAAUAUCACGGUGAAGCUUGCUGAUAAUAACAAACCAAGGGUCGGUGGCCAAACCCAACUAACUGGGCCUGUGGUUCAAAUGCCUGUACAAAUAUCAGCCGGAUAUCAACAGACGGGGUUUGGAAGUUCUCUCGGUUAUAAUUAUCCUCAGUCGAUGGCCAAUUACCCUGGCUCGUAUUCAAGUCCAUCAGCUGCAGCUAAUCCUUACGCAGGCCAACCACAAUAUCCCUAUCCCCAAUAUGGUGCUAAGAAAGACACGCCGUCCCCACAAGCAGCCUUUGGCGGAUAUCCUUAUUACUUUCCCAAGCAGUAA